AUGGUAUGCCCAUGUAGAGAUUGCCGCAAUUUGUGCCAUCAGUCUGUAGAGGAAAUUGUUGAGCAUCUAGUGAUAAGGGGUAUGGAUAAGAAGUAUAAGACUUCUUGUUGGAGUAUUCAUGGUGAAAAAAGAGCAUCUACAGAAGACAGUGGUCGUCGACAUGAAACAGAGGCAUUUGACUUGUUUAAGACAGCAUUCUCUAUGGAUGAAGGUGAACCAAAUCAGACGAAUGGUGAUGAAGCAUUAGAGGCAAACGACGAUGAAGCAGUAGAGGAAACUCAGUUUAGGAAAAAGUUAAGAGAAGCUGAAACUCCAUUGUACUCUGAUUGUAUCAAAUACACAAAGGUUUCAGCAAUUAUGGGACUUUACAGAUUCAAGGUUAAGAGUGGUGUGUCAGAGAACUACUUUGAUCAGCUGUUGGAUUUAAUAAAGGACAUGCUACCUGAAGACAAUGUACUUCCGAAGAGUUUAGCUGCAAUCAAAAAAUUUCUGAAGAUAUUUGGUUUCGGAUACGAAAGUAUUCAUGCUUGCAAGAAUGAUUGCAUUCUAUAUAGGAAGGAGUUUGAGAAGUUAGAUAGCUGUCCAAGAUGCAAAGUUUCAAGAUGGGAAAAGGAUAAGCACAGUAAUGAGAUAAAGGUUGGGAUUCCAACAAAGGUCCUUAGAUAUUUUCCAAUCAAGGACAGAUUUAGGAGGAUGUUUAGAUCAAACAAGAUGGCCGAAGAUUUGCGGUGGCACUAUACCAAUGGCACUGAAGAUGGUACAAUGCGACACCCGGUUGAUUCUAUAUCUUGGGCACAAGUGAAUGCUAAAUAG